AUGUGCUACACAGUCUCCGCGAGGUUAGUCUGUCCGACCUGCUCCGGCCGCAUCGGUCUGGCUGACUGUCUCGACGUGGAGAAGAAGUGUCCGCCGGGGGCAAAGUGUCCGUACCGCUUCUGGCAGCCCCUGCCCCGUCGGCCGCGCGAGGAACGCAUCGUCUCGGACCGUCACUGUGCCGCGUGUGUUCGGCAAGCGAGUGCGAGUGCGAGUGCGGGUGACAGAGCAGGAGCGGCACCAGCAACGGAAUUAGCCAGGGCACUUGACAGAACCAGCGCCACUUCCUUCUUGAGAGCGCAUACUCUCAACGCAACGUUUAGUGACAACGCCGUCCGCAACGGGUUCGCAGUCAUGGGUAGGGAGUGGGAGGUGAGGAACGGCGUCAGUCCCCGCUGGAGAGUGUGUGUGCCGUAUCCGGAGAAGGAGAAUCGCGGGUUCUGGAAGCGGGUCUUUGCGCCGAGGCGGUACAGUCUCUGA